CGAAGACGACCGGCUUUUCGUAUCUCAUGUCCUCUAGUGGAUCUGCUUCGACAUUAAAGCACGGGACGAUCUGGUUUACGAUUCUGAACCCAUGAUCUAUCCAGUAGUCCUUGACGCUGUUUAUCUCAGCAUCAGCAAGGAAAACCAAUCCCACAAAUAUGUCUACGACGAGGAUGCUCUACGCGAGCUCUGCCGCUGCCUCGUUACGGUCACAACGUUCCUGUACCCCGAGGACAGCGAAGACGAAUCCUCACGCAGCAUAGCCACGGUUUCUUUUGCCCAUUGCACAGUGCUCGCGUAUCUUGAGUCACAAAGAAUUAAAAUGGGUCCAAUUGCAAUGUGUCCAAUUGCAAUGUUUGCGCUCGCAAAGACAUUUUAGACGACAAUUUGGCACGCGUAGUGUUCAAAGAAGCCCUGCGUCAGGGCCCGAGAACCCUAUCCGAAAACUCUCGACAUUUGUAUAGAAUAAGGCCAAUCGAGGACAUGAACUCUUGGUGCAAGUCAGCAGCAAUUUGGAUAUUG